AUGCUGUUCAAAGUCCCUUUAUUGCUGCUGAGCCACUGCUUAAGUGCCGUGGUUGCUCGCCCGUCCGAGGCUCCGAAGAGUUUGCCACGACGACAGGAUGAGCCUGUUCCACCACAAUCGAUAUGUGGCGAGAUUAUUGAGGCUGUCAAUGAUGGAUAUCGGAUCUUCUAUGCCUCGGACGUAUAUCUUUGCUUGACUAGCGUUCCUUUCAACGAUGCCGUGGCACUUCGCUUUAUCGAAUAUUACAACACGACUAUGCAGUUUCAAAGUACAUUGGCAUACCUCAAGAACCCUCCCGAAGGUUAUCAACAACCCGCGUUUGACCUUAACCAAGGGUUGGAAUAUUUGAAGGCGAACGUAACCUCAGGUGUCUAUAAGAACCAGUACCAGUUUGAGGCCGACCUACAGCUUUUGGUCUACUCAGUUCAUGAUGCUCAUGUGGAUCUUGCUGCUGGAAUUCUCUCGGCCUUCUCCUUUUCCAGCCCCUGGUCACUCGUCACUGCAUCAAUCGAUGGCAAGGAAACCCCGAAGGUGUACUUUGAAUCUCAGGUCCGCGAUUAUCGAGACAAUGGAACCAAGAUUUCCGCCAUCUCUCACAUUAACGACGAACCCAUUGUCGACUUCCUAACUCGCUACGCUGCUCUGAACUCAGUCGGCAUGCUUGAACCCCACGCCGACUGGAACCAGAUUAUGGGCAAUCCUGUACAGGAUAUCAUAGGGGCGUUGAACAUUUUUGCCGGAAGCGGCACCUUCUACCCAGGGGACUCGCUGAAUUUCACCUACGAAGAUCCUAAUCUGAACGAAGUCGCUGUGGAAGAGACCUACUGGGUUGCAAUUUACAACAACCCAGAUUUCACUGGUCCUCUGACAACCGGCGGUGACUUCUACAACUACUUCGUUCUCGGAUUGUUGCCAGCAUCCUAUAGUGAAGUUCCGCUUCCGCCAGCUUUUGGAGGCGGUGAACCGUUAAGCGGCACCCUCAACCCAGUGCCGCAGCAACAACGCCGAAGCUUCUAUAACGAGAGUCAGGGAGCAUUCCCGCCUAACCCGGAUGUCGUGCAGAAUAACUUGGACGCGACUGGAAACGGUGGUGUCGUGACCGGAUACUUCUACGAGGACAUCUCUACCGCCGUGCUCAGUAUUCCGCACUUUGACCAAUACGGAUGGGACAUUGGCAACUUCAGCUUGGCUGUCGACACCUUUCUCGAGGGUGCCCAGAACAGAAGCCUUUCUAAACUGGUGAUUGAUCUCACGAACAACUAUGGUGGCACAACUGGCCUUGCACUUCUCUUGCUACGGGAUUUGUUCCCUGGCAUCGACCCCUUCGCCGGAAGCCGGAGACGCAGCUUUGACAUGGCAAAUGUUCUGGGCACUGCGACAACGAACUACUGGGAGGGACUUCCGACGAGCAACUCGACAGAGUUCAAAACAAAGGUCGAGCUGGUGGCAGAUGAGUGGGUUAUCACGUCUCGCUUGAACGCAGAGACCAACGAGAACUUUACCUCAUGGCAGGAGUAUGAAGGCCCGCGGAGAUACAAUGACGACGAAUUCAGCUUGGAACGCUACGAUCUGUCCAAUCCGUACUUCCACCAAGCCGCUUUUGAUGGUUGGCUGAUGACCCGCUACAUUGACAACAAAGAUGUUGGUCAGUCGCCGCCAUUCGACCCUGAAAACAUCGUUAUUCUCACCGAUGGUGCCUGUUCAUCCGCUUGCGCUCUCUUCCUCGAGAUCGCUACCACUCAAGGCAAAGCCCGCACCAUCGCUGUAGGCGGUGCCCCCAAGCCCGGCCCAAUGCAAGCGGCGGGCGGCACUCGUGGAGCCCGCAUCUAUUCGGGCGACUUCCUCGAUGCCGACUUCGCCUUUGCACGGGAUAAAGACGCGACUGCUGCGGCCAGACUACCGGAUGUUCGUGAGUCGGGCAUGUACGUCAGUUAUGCGGCCUUCAACCUUCGAGAUCAGCUUCGCGCGGACGACGUCUCGACUCCGCUCCAGUUCCGUUACUCUGCGGCUGACUGUCGUUUGUACUACACUCUCGAUAAUGUCAAUAACAUGACUGCUCUCUGGCGAGAUGUUGCCCGCGCAGCCUUCGAAGAUAACACCAUGUGCGUUGAAGGCUCGACAGGGUAUACGGCCCGCAACGGCGCGGUCCCAAAAGCGCCGCCCAAGGCCACUCCCGUCCCGCUGUCCACACUUAAGGCGGCGAUCGAGUUCACUGUUGACUACGACCCGGAGACUCCUAACGGACUCCCGGCGGGGCAGGGCAACAUUGGAAAGAAGGUGACGCCUCAAGCUUGCGACGCCAAUCCUAAUUUGAGAUGCCCCUUGGGCGGGAUACCGUGGCUAAAUGUCCAGGUUUCCUGUGGAAAUAACCUGCAAGGCAAUAUCCCGUGUGCCUGUCUCCCACCGUGCCUGCUUGCAGAGAACAAAUGCGGCGAUCUCAAUUCGCAGUGCAUUUCGUUCACUGUCCCCGCUCCGCCGACGAACAAGGCGACGUAUGGAGUAUCGAAGAAGAGUGCUGCCAGUACAUUCACGGGUGGGACGGUGACCCAGGGUUACUGUGUGCCCAAAGUUGGAACUCCGUCGCUGGGAUGCCCAUUGCAAUGA